UUGUGAAAAUGUCCGGACGCGGAAAAGGCGGCGGUGGCAAAGCUCGGUCCAAGGCCAAUUCUCGCUCGUCCCGGGCCGGACUGCAGUUCCCGGUGGGCCGUGUUCACAGGCUCCUGAGGAAGGGCAACUAUGCUGAGCGGGUGGGUGCCGGAGCCCCGGUCUAUCUGGCUGCUGUGCUCGAGUAUCUGACGGCUGAAAUCCUCGAGCUGGCCGGCAACGCGGCCCGGGACAACAAGAAGACCCGCAUCAUCCCCAGACACCUGCAGCUGGCCGUCCGCAACGACGAGGAGCUCAACAAGCUGCUGGGAGGGGUGACCAUCGCUGAGGAUGGGGUGCUGCCCAAUAUCCAGGCCGUGCUGUUGCCCAAGAAAACCUGCGGCGCCAGCAAGUGAAGCGACAGAAAGUGAACCCAG